GUCAUUGCAAACAAAUAUCUAGGUUUACAAUCGGUGGUUGAUAACGUAAUGGCAGAGGCAGACGACGGCGGAAACGGAGACGGUGCCACCGCCGGUGACUGCUACGCUCAUCAUCACUACAGAGAUGUCAAACUAGCAAGAGAUGCAAGUGAAAAUAUAGACUCAAUCAGCUCGCUUCCUGAUGUGAUCCUCCAACAAAUCCUCUCCUCUCUUCCGACCAAUUUAGCUAUCAGAACUUCAGUCUUGUCCACACGAUGGAGGCAUGUAUGGUCUGACACACCUUACAUAUACUUUGAUGGACCAGGAACUUUGUAUAGGGGACUGAAGGCUGAUACGAUAAACAAAACCCUAGCUCGAUACAAGCUUCCCAAGAUUAUGAGUUUUCACCUCUAUACCAAAAUAUUUUAG